AUGGGAGGCUACAUCGACUCUUCGAAAGAGGUGCUCUCUUCCAUACCGGGGCGCAAACCAAGGAAGGAACCCGACGAUCGUCGCACAACUGCCCGGACUAUCUCACAGCCUAAGGUGUCAAGCCGGAUACCGCAGGCUGCCUCUCAAAGGCGCCCAUCUUUGCCUAGUGCUCCGGAUCGGCCGACAUUUCAUUACGAAGCGCAACCGUGGGGUUCGGUGGGAAGAGCCAGCUCCGGCGGAUCGGCUUCUAAUCCUUACUUGUCAUCGACAUCAUCGUCUGGCAGGUUAGCCACCCCUGGGUCGGGCAAGCCUCGCAACGUCUUACAACGGAAACACUCGGGUCUCUCUCAAGAGACGGGCAGCACGCGCAACAACUCGAGAAGCGCUUCGAGCAGGACAAGUUCGUCGUCAUCAUCAGUACCUCGCUCGCAAAGUUCUCUUGACGCCCCUGCCGGAGCCCAAUUCGACCGCGACCUUACAGAGAGCCCAAUGGAGCUUCGAGUCGCCCAGAAGGUCGAACUCCCAAAGACUACGGCGCAGACGGUGACCAUAUAUCCUGAACUAGACAGGUAUCGGGAUGUGCAGCCCCAUGUCGCGCCUGACAGCCCCAAUUUUGGCAUGCCCUACCGAAUAACCACUCAUGAUCUCCCUCCCCCAACACCCUUGUUCUCUGGAACGAGCAGUCAGGUCAGCGGCAGUCCCUCGACCAGGUUCUCGGGCUCCCCAGGCCCCGGACCAUACAGCCGAGACACCACACCGACCUCUCUCUCGUCACAAUCUCCGGGGCUAGUUGCCCCCAUGCGAAUCCCCGCAUCCAAAGCUAGACAGCCCAGCCCAGCACACACCAGACCACCGGUCACCCGAAGAAGGGCCGGCAGCAUAUCGAAUGAGGUGGGCAGCGUAGCCGCCGAUCCACAUGGCUUAGCGGCCGUCAGGGAAUCCUUGACUUCGUCGUCGUCAAACUCAACGGUCCGCGACGGAGAGAAACAGAAAAAGAAAAAGAAGAGGCUCUCGCCUCUCCCACCAAGCCCCCCACCCCGCAAGUCGUCACAAAAGUUCCACGGCAGCAGCAGCAGCCGAGACGAGGAUGACACCCCGCCCAACCCGUCCCGUGACCCUGCCCAACCAGUGUCAGCCUCUCGGGCCCCUGCGAGAGUCGCUCCGUCCUCCAGUGCGCAGCUUCUCACGUCGCCCAAGGCAACGCCACCUGUCCGACCAAGUCGAGAUGGGACACCCGACCUUCAGUCCCAGCUGGGGCUCCCACUCCCUAUCAUCCAUAGCAAUCUCUCGUCAAUAUCGCUGUCGGAAAGACGCCACAGUUCUACUUUGGCAUUGAGCCCGCCGCCAAGUUCCACAACACCCUCGUACGCACAUCGUCAACAUCAGUCUCGGCCGCAACCGCCCAUCGGCAGGGACACAGGGUUCGAGCAGUCUUUCAGCAACCAGGAGCCCGGUAGACCUACGCGUACCCCUAGUCCAAACGUCUCCGCUUUCAAGACUAGGUUUCCGAUCUUUGGACGGCGAACCAAGACUGCGCCCGAAGUCCCUCAACUGGAGAAGAAGGAUAAAACCUUACGCAAGGGUCCAGCUGCUGGAACUGGGCACGAAGGCUACGGCCGUAUCGGAGCAGGUCGCCGAAGGAGCAGCAGCGCCUCCAUAUCCCGCGGCGUCUCUGGAAUUGCGUCAUCCCAGGAGAGCCUGGAUACCAGCCAGACCCACGACGCAUUCUUGAUGGAGAGGAUGGCACCUGUUGUCAUCGCAGGCGGCGAGAUCAUCGAGAACAGGAACAUGAGCUCGGAAUUGAGCCGUACUGAGAGCAACCAGAGUUCAUCUUUUGGCUGGGCCGGUCUAGGUUCGAAGAACAGCUCUCAGGCGUCCUUGUCGUCCAAAGAAGGCCCGCCACGACAUACCCUCUGGCCCUCGGCAUUUCCACGCGGCCACCCUCAAUCACCGUCGCUGGGAAGUCGACGGCCCUCGGAUAGCAGCGACUCGGAAGCCCUUGCGAUGAAAUCGACACUUGCAUUCAGAAGGUCACGCCAAAAGCUAAAGGCCGGCGACCAGCAGGCCCCAAAGAUACCGAAACCGAUAGUGACCCGACCGCAAGUCAUUUCGCCCUCCAUCACGAGCCUUGACGCGAGUGUACUGUCGGACGAUUCGGUCUUCGAACCUACGACGCCUGAUCCCGGGAGAGGUCGCACUGGAGGGUCAGCCACCGCCAAGGUGACUGCGCCCAAGAAGCUCACAAAGCGCACCCGUUCCCCACGCAAAUGGAAUUUCUUUGGCAGAUCGCAGAGCCAGCCCGCAGUUGACAACAAGAGAUCCGAGACCACCAAGACGGUGGCUGCAACGGUCAAAGCCGUCCAAGCGAAACCUGUCGCCUUCUACACUAUGAUGGACUCGUCUGAACAGGAAGAGGAGACACCAAAUCUCGAGGACGUUCUCCGAGAGGCCCGGGCUCUCGAUAACUCUCACUUGGGGACUCUAAGCCCAGAAGGGAGAAGGCCGUCGGCCACAGAGAGCAUGGAAGAUUACUUUCCUCCACUCGAUCGACCACCUACUCGCGAGGAGAGGGACACGAGACCGCCUGUCGCAGUGCCGGCCACCGUGAACCCAGACGCAGCAGUUACACGAUCAGGCACUGGACGUCCAAGCCGACUCCCCCAGGUUGGUCGAAUCCCCAAAGUCGUCAGUGCGCGGCCGGAACAGACGUCGCCCAGGAGCUUCUCUAGGCCUUUCCAUAGGAUUAGCAUGCACGUGGUCCCUUCGCGGGUAGCCGCCCUCGAUACCGAUUCCGUUGCGAAGGGCCCUACCCCUCCCAGGCCGUCAACCCCGGAGCUCACCCAGGAUGGCUCAACCGUGACGGGUGGUACAAACAGUUCAGGGGCCCAGGGCCGUGAAUCCAGGCAAUUUCCCCUAGAUCCCACUCAAGGUGGAAGAGAAUUCCUCUCGUUUUCCCCGCGGAAGAACUCGCAGUGCACUGUGACGACGUCGUCUGGCAGUUCGGGCAUCCUGACUUACGCAGACGCCACGGCUGUGGUCCCUGACCCGAGCGCCCCUCUGGCUGAAGACGAGAUCUGGGACGAGUACAAUGAUCUCCUGGGCGACGACACAGGCAAGCCACCGCUUUCGGUUAGUUCGUCACUGGGAAGGCCAUUCCACCUUGACAUCUACAGCUCCGCUUCUGCGUUGGCCAAGGGAGUCGAGAAGCCCUUGGAGUCGCCCAUCGUUUGUCCUCCGCCAAGACGGAAUCUGGAUGCGGCUCUGCAGGCAGGGGCAUCUCCAACAGCAGUUCCUAGCUUCUACGACACAGACACGGCCGCCAAAAUGAAGGAAGUCCUAAGCAUAGGGCCGGACCCCCCGACACCAUUCUCCAUGUCCGAAUUCGUGUCGGGCUAUGGCGAUAGAAACAAUAGUUUGGCUUCUGUCGAACAAGUUGGGGCCGCCCAGAAGGAUAACAGCUCAUGCAACAGUGACGAGCGGCAAACGCGAAGGUCGAACGCAAGUGGGAGCAGCCAGGGAUCCGAAGAUAACUCCCCAUUGUCCCAAGUCAACCUCCGUGUGGGCUCGAUGACGGUGAGCAAAUGGCUUACAUUCGGCCAUGUCCUCUUCAGCCCCGUCCGGGAUGACCUCAUCCCCAUGGGUGGGUCAUCGAAGCGUCAAUCCAUCCUGGUCAUCGACGGCCUUGGCAACGACGACUGGUCCUUCUACGCCGCGGAGACAUACCCAGCUGCCACUUUCUUCAAUCUCUCGCCUCGCGCCCCGCUCCCGACGGACCACCAGAGCAUAUCUACUUUCCCACUCAGCCCACAGAACCAUCACCAGAUCCAGUAUGUAUCGCAGGCCGACAAGUUCCCGUUCGGGCCACAAAGCUUCACCUCUGUCGUCUUCCGCUUCCCAGCCGCAGCUCCUGAGGGCCACUAUCGGAACGUCAUCUCCGAGGCCAGGAGAGUCCUCAAGCCCGGAGGCUUCAUCGAACUGUCCAUACUCGACGUCGACCUGAACAACAUGGGCAAUCGGGGGCGACGGUCGGUCCGGCGCCUCAAGGAGCGCAUCCACGCAAGCGCCCCGGAUACGAGUCUCGGCUCGACCGCGGACCUUAUCCUCCGCCUCCUCGGCCGAGGUGGGUUCACGGAUAUCAGGACAUGCCGCGUCGGUGUGCCCGUGGCCAGCACGAUCGCGCGGUCCUCCGGCAGCGAGGGAAAUAGCAAGCGGAGCUCGAGCGCCAAAAGCGGUGCGCCCAAGGCCAAGCCGGACAAGGACGAGCGCACGCUGGCCGAGAUGAUGAGCGACGAGAGCGCGGUUGCGGACGAGAGCAUCACAAAUAUGGUGGCCAAAGUCGGGCGCUGGUGGUAUAGCAGGUGCUACGAGAGCGCGGCGACGAGUGGCUCCGGGCCCGGAUCGAACCGGAGCUUGUGGAGCGACCGGGCCCUGUUGGCCGAGUGCGAGGAAUGGGGCACGAGCCUCAAGCUAAUGGUAUGCCAUGCGAGGGUGCCCGACAAAGGACGGGUUGCGAGCAUAUGA